CAGAAAGCAGAAGCAGAAAGUGGUUUCUGUUCAGUUAAACCAUGCCCAAUGUUUUUGUAUUGCAUGCACACACAGGUUACAAAUUCAUAUUUUUUUUAAAAAAAAACAAAAGUGCACAAAAGCUAGACCUCCUUGCUGCCUUCUCCUACAUAAGGGAGUACUUCCAUUAGUAGUAGUACUACUAACUUAGCAAUUAGCAUCAUGCAUAUCUAUCUUAUAUAAAUAUCUACCAGUGAUACUGUUGCUUAGUGCUCCAAACCUCUCUUGACCUCUUCUUCUUCUUCUCAGUUAGCUUAGCUUAAGCUUCCCCUAACCUUGAGCUCACCACAACAAUGGCGACUUGAUCUAACAGAGCUUAACCAAGUAGCAAAUCAUACAUAUAACCAUAGCUUAAUUCGCAUUGAAUCUUGUCUUGUUCAGUGUGAAUCAUCAACCAUGGCCACCAUGAACAACUGGCUGGCCUUCUCCCUCUCCCCGCAGGAUCAGCUCCCGCCGUCUCAGACCAACUCCACUCUCAUCUCCGCCGCCGCCACCACCACCACCGCCGGCGACUCCUCCACCGGCGACGUCUGCUUCAACAUCCCCCAAGAUUGGAGCAUGAGGGGAUCGGAGCUCUCGGCGCUCGUCGCCGAGCCGAAGCUGGAGGACUUCCUCGGCGGCAUCUCCUUCUCGGAGCAGCAGCAUCAUCACGGCGGCAAGGGCGGCGUGAUCCCGAGCAGCGCCGCCGCUUGCUACGCGAGCUCCGGCAGCAGCGUCGGCUACCUGUACCCUCCUCCAAGCUCAUCCUCGCUCCAGUUCGCCGACUCCGUCAUGGUGGCCACCUCCUCGCCCGUCGUCGCCCACGACGGCGUCAGCGGCGGCGGCAUGGUGAGCGCCGCCGCCGCCGCGGCGGCCAGUGGCAACGGCGGCAUUGGCCUGUCCAUGAUCAAGAACUGGCUCCGGAGCCAGCCGGCGCCGCAGCCGGCGCAGGCGCUGUCUCUGUCCAUGAACAUGGCGGGGACGACGACGGCGCAGGGCGGCGGCGCCAUGGCGCUCCUCGCCGGCGCAGGGGAGCGAGGCCGGACGACGCCCGCGUCAGAGAGCCUGUCCACGUCGGCGCACGGAGCGACGACGGCGACGAUGGCUGGUGGUCGCAAGGAGAUUAACGAGGAAGGCAGCGGCAGCGCCGGCGCCGUGGUUGCCGUCGGCUCGGAGUCAGGCGGCAGCGGCGCCGUGGUGGAGGCCGGCGCGGCGGCGGCGGCGGCGAGGAAGUCCGUCGACACGUUCGGCCAGAGAACAUCGAUCUACCGCGGCGUGACAAGGCAUAGAUGGACAGGGAGGUAUGAGGCUCAUCUUUGGGACAACAGCUGCAGAAGAGAGGGCCAAACUCGCAAGGGUCGUCAAGUCUAUCUAGGUGGUUAUGACAAAGAGGAAAAAGCUGCUAGAGCUUAUGAUUUGGCUGCUCUCAAAUACUGGGGCCCGACGACGACGACAAAUUUUCCGGUAAAUAACUAUGAAAAGGAGCUGGAGGAGAUGAAGCACAUGACAAGGCAGGAGUUCGUAGCCUCUUUGAGAAGGAAGAGCAGUGGUUUCUCCAGAGGUGCAUCCAUUUACCGUGGAGUAACUAGGCAUCACCAGCAUGGGAGAUGGCAAGCAAGGAUAGGAAGAGUUGCAGGGAACAAGGACCUCUACUUGGGCACCUUCAGCACGCAGGAGGAGGCGGCGGAGGCGUACGACAUCGCGGCGAUCAAGUUCCGGGGGCUCAACGCCGUCACCAACUUCGACAUGAGCCGCUACGACGUCAAGAGCAUCCUCGACAGCGCUGCCCUCCCCGUCGGCACCGCCGCCAAGCGCCUCAAGGACGCCGAGGCCGCCGCCGCCUACGACGUCGGCCGCAUCGCCUCGCACCUCGGCGGCGACGGCGCCUACGCCGCGCAUUACGGCCACCACCACCACUCGGCCGCCGCCGCCUGGCCGACCAUCGCGUUCCAGGCGGCGGCGGCGCCGCCGCCGCACGCCGCCGGGCUUUACCACCCGUACGCGCAGCCGCUGCGUGGGUGGUGCAAGCAGGAGCAGGACCACGCCGUGAUCGCGGCGGCGCACAGCCUGCAGGAUCUCCACCACCUCAACCUCGGCGCCGCCGCCGCCGCGCAUGACUUCUUCUCGCAGGCGAUGCAGCAGCAGCACGGCCUCGGCAGCAUCGACAACGCGUCGCUCGAGCACAGCACCGGCUCCAACUCCGUCGUCUACAACGGCGACAAUGGCGGCGGAGGCGGCGGCUACAUCAUGGCGCCGAUGAGCGCCGUGUCGGCCACGGCCACCGCGGUGGCGAGCAGCCACGAUCACGGCGGCGACGGCGGGAAGCAGGUGCAGAUGGGGUACGACAGCUACCUCGUCGGCGCAGACGCCUACGGCGGCGGCGGCGCCGGGAGGAUGCCAUCCUGGGCGAUGACGCCGGCGUCGGCGCCGGCCGCCACGAGCAGCAGCGACAUGACCGGAGUCUGCCAUGGCGCACAGCUCUUCAGCGUCUGGAACGACACAUAAAAAAAAAACUAGGUUAGCCAGCUUAAUUAGCAGGGUAAACCACUGACACAAUUAAGCCAUACUUAAAUUAGGGUUCAUGAGAUGACCAUUAAGCAGGUUAUUAUCAUUAAUGAUGUUUAAUUUCUCAAUUAGUACUUAGCUCAAAAGGAGGGGAUUUCUUCUGAAGGAUGGUGAUGGCUUGUGAAAUUGAACCUGGUGUUCUUGCCAUGAUUUUUUUUUCACAAGCUGCCAUUUUGGGGUUCAGGUUCAGAAGGAUCCUGAUUAUUAUUAACCAGCCAUAUAUAUAUAGAAGGGUAGAAAUGGAGGUAUCCUGCUUGUAAAUUGGGGCAAUGGUAGCUAGAGUUGAUGCAAUGACCAUGCUUCAUGUGAUGAGAACUAAUUGUCUUCCUCUGAUCAAAUUAAGCAGGAAGAUUAAGCAAAGCUCAAUAUUGUUUCA